GCUGGAAGACCUGGCCUCCCGGGGGACAAAGGUGCCAUUGGGAUGCCUGGACGUGUGGGAGUAAAGGGCCAACCAGGCGAGAAGGGUGCCCCUGGAGACGCAGGCAUGUCCAUCAUUGGUCCCCGAGGCCCUCCAGGUCAGCCGGGCACUCGAGGUUUCCCUGGAUUUCCGGGCCCCAUUGGUCUGGACGGCAAAUUGGGCCACCCUGGACCCAAAGGGGAGAUGGGUCUGACGGGUCCCCGAGGACAUCCGGGACCUCAAGGACAAAAAGGAGAAAAGGGCCAGUGUGGAGACUACCCACACCGGGAGUACCUAAGCAGCACUCUUGCAGCUCUGCGCUCCAACCAGAUAAUUACCCUAAAGGGUGAACAGGGCCAGGCCGGCAUCCAAGGCCCACCAGGGCCACCAGGCCCCCCUGGACCCAGUGGACCUCUGGGACACCCAGGAUUGCCAGGGCCCAUAGGGCCCCCUGGUUUACCUGGGCCUCCUGGACAAAAGGGAGACCCAGGAAUCCAGGGCUACCAUGGCCGGAAGGGAGAACGUGGCAUGCCGGGGAUGCCGGGCAAACACGGAGCGAAGGGGUCUCCUGGAAUCGCUGUGGCCGGGAUGAAGGGUGAGCCAGGGACCCCAGGAGCCAAGGGCGAGAAGGGGGCUGCUGGAUCCCCUGGGCUCCUCGGCCUCCUGGGGCAGAAGGGAGAAAAAGGCGAUGCUGGCAACUCCAUUGGUGCAGGCAGAGGGGAGCCCGGGCCUCCAGGGCUCCCCGGGCCCCCAGGGCCGAAGGGAGAAGCUGGUGUCAGUGGCCAGGCCGGUCCCCCAGGACAGCAAGGAGAAAAGGGGGAGCCUGGAGCAACUGGAGAGCAGGGACCAGCUGGCCCCAAGGGCCCCAAGGGAGAACCAGGGAAAGGAGAGAUGGUGGAUUACAAUGGCAACAUCAACGAGGCCCUGCAGGAGAUCCGAACGCUGGCAUUGAUGGGGCCUCCUGGUCUUCCUGGGCAAAUCGGCCCACCCGGAGCUCCAGGGAACCCAGGCCAGAAGGGGGAGAUUGGACUGCCAGGCCCUCCAGGACAUGAUGGAGAGAAGGGACCUCGAGGCAAACCAGGAGACAUGGGUCCUCCUGGCCCCCAAGGCCCCCCAGGAAAGACAGGGCCUGCAGGGGCGAAGGGAGAAGAUGGACAUACAGGCAGCCCAGGAGAGAAGGGGGCAAAAGGGGAGCCGGGGCAAGCAGGCUCACCGGGUCUAGACGGCCCAACUGGGGAGAAAGGAGAACCAGGUGACCAAGGGAGACCUGGAGCGACAGGACUGCCUGGCCCAAUUGGGCUCCCAGGAUUUACAGGGGAGAAAGGAGAACCCGGGGAGAAGGGCGACCCAGGAGUGGAGGUUCCUGGACCACCAGGGCCAGAGGGGCCUCCUGGACCUCCGGGGCUGCAAGGCAUUCCUGGACCAAAGGGGGAAGCAGGACUGGAUGGAGCAAAAGGCGAACAGGGCGCCCAGGGGGAAAAAGGAGACCGAGGGCCUCUGGGACUACCCGGAGCUUCAGGUUUGGACGGCAGGCCUGGGCCACCGGGUACUCCAGGACCAAUUGGAGUUCCAGGCCCAGCAGGACCAAAGGGCGAGAGGGGCAGCAAAGGCGACCCUGGGAUGACAGGACCAAUGGGAGCGGCUGGGCUUCCUGGUUUACAUGGACCACCCGGGGACAAAGGAAACCGGGGGGAGAGGGGGAAGAAAGGCUCUAGAGGGCCUAAAGGGGAUAAGGGAGACCAAGGAGCGCCUGGAUUAGAUGCCCCCUGCCCGUUGGGCGAAGAUGGCCUACCAGUCCAGGGCUGCUGGAACAAGUGAUGCCUCUAACCUGGAAUUGGCCUGUAUGUGUGUUUGUACAUAGAAUAUUUAUUUUUAUACAGUUUUCACUUUUUGAAAAUGCCAGAAGUUUGAUGUAUCUUACAGAUUAUUAAAAAAAUAGAAAAAUCUGCACAUUUGUACAGAAAAUACCAACCUCUUCCCUUGUUUACAAGAUGUUUUGUAUAAGACUAUAACACUAAUACACUUUUUGUUUGUGAGUAUGGUCAUAUGUUUGCAUGAUAUCAGUGCACACUUAUUGAGUAUUGAAGCUUAAUAAAUUAUUUUGUUCAGGUGCCAAAAGGGAUCAGCCACACCAGGGAGCUGGCUAGCUUUUGUGUGAAUUCACAGAAAUGUGGAGGUCUAUGGUGUUUGCCAAGCUAGGUGUGUCUAAGAACAUUUUAAACCAUUAUGGAUUUUCAUUAUUAAAAAAAAAAAAUGAAACAUGGCAUUUCAUGAUCCUG